UCCUUUAUGGAGUAAACACCGGAAGCACAUCAGCUCGAAGCUACAUGAGGCUGUACAAAGCUAGCCAGUUAUAUAGCUUACGUUUCAGACCUGACUUUCGUAGAAUAAGACCCAUAACUUUGAGCGGUGAUAUUUAUCAAGAACAGACGUUAAACGCCUGGGAGAUUUGACAACAUGCCUGUCCUCUGCAGCAGCUGUGCAGAGAAGCGUGCGGUGCUGAAACGUCCUAAAACUGGCCACUCUCUCUGUAAAGAGUGUUUCUUUUGGGCUUUUGAGGAGGAGGUUCACCAGACAAUACGUUUAGCACAGCUCUUCAAACAAGGAGAGACUGUUGGAAUCGGUGCCUCUGGUGGGAAGGACUCCACUGUGCUUGCACAUGUCAUGAAAGUCCUCAACGAACGUUACAGCUAUGGUCUUAAACUUCUGCUGCUGUCUGUGGAUGAGGGCAUCACAGGUUACCGUGACGAUUCCUUGGAAACGGUGAAGAGGAACCAGCAGCAAUACGACCUGCCUCUUAAGAUAGUGUCUUAUGAGGAGCUGUAUGGCUGGACAAUGGACGCCAUAGUCAAACAGGUUGGACUGAAGAACAAUUGCACUUUCUGUGGAGUUUUCCGAAGGCAGGCGCUGGACCGGGGAGCCAUUAUGCUGAAAGUGGAUAAGAUAUGCACAGGUCACAACGCAGACGACGUGGCCGAGACGGUUCUGAUGAACGUCCUCCGAGGGGACAUCGCCCGCCUGCGCCGCUGCACCUCCAUCAGCACGGCCAGCGAGGGGGAGGGCGUGGGGGAGGGCGUGGUUCCCCGCUGCAAGCCCCUCAAGUACGCGUACGAGAAGGAGAUCGUCCUCUACGCUUAUUUCAAGAAGCUGGACUACUUCUCCACGGAGUGCAUCUACUCUCCCAACGCCUACCGCGGCCACGCCCGGGCCUUCCUCAAAGACCUGGAGGCGGUGCGUCCCAGCGCCAUCAUGGACGUCAUCCAUUCUGGGGAGAACCUGUCUGUGCGGGAGGGCGUGAAGAUGCCCGUUCAGGGGAUCUGUGGCCGCUGUGGCUACAUCUCCAGCCAGGCCCUGUGUAAGUCCUGCGUCCUGCUGGAGGGCCUGAACCGAGGCCUGCCCCGGCUGGGGAUAGGGAAGCAUCACCGCCUGCACGGGAAGAUCCUCUCCCAGCAGCCUCUCACCCCGGAGGAGGAGAGGAAACUCAAAGCUGUAGACUUCUGAGAACUGGUGAAAAGAAUCACUGAUGGACUGGGUUCAUGACACGUUGCAUAUCUCUCAAAAGUGUCCCAAAGCCAAAUAUGAUAGGUUGUUAUAUUUGUAUUUGAAUUAACAUGCCACCUCAAUAGUAGCUAUCAUAGACAGGUAAGGAGUCAGCGAGUACAAUAAUUCCUCCCUCCUAGUUGCUGGAUUGCGAGUACAGUUCACAUGAUACUAGUGCCUAGUUCAAAAUAUGAUGUGCAUAAUAAACUUUUAUGGUACAACAAACAUGUUUAAUAUCUGUAUAAUAAAGUGUUAUAUUUAUUUUGC